UCUCAGCUGCUGGUCUUCCUGGUUUUACGCACUGAACUGGUUUUAUUUUUAAACAGACCCCUUCAGAUGGACCUGGACCCUCACUCUGCGUCUCCCAGGGGUGUGUUUCUGAUCUAGCAGUGUCUCUCUGACCCGGUGAAGUGUUUCCAUGCUCUGCUGGGAGACUUUUAAACUGAAAGCCGCUGAUCCAAACCCAGUUCACCAUGAGACUCCAGCUCUGCUUCCUAACCGUCUUCACCGUUUUAAGGGAGAGUGCUGCCCCCCCUCCUGCAGAGUCAGAGGACCAGCAUUACACAGCGUCUCUCAGGCUGAUGCUGGAGGACUUCGACGUGCUGCCUCUCUCCGCCCUGCAGACGCACUCCGUCCGCCGCCGCGACCUACAGACCCUAACUCACCUGGAGAAAUUGGUCAGCUUCAACGCCCUGCAGAGGCAGUUCCGGCUCUACCUGCGGACCAACGAGCAGCUGUUCACCGAGGACUUCAGAGCCGUGGUGGUGGAGGGGGGGGGCGAGCGCCGCGUCCCGGUCAACAGACACAACUACUUCACCGGACACGUCAUCGGGGAGGAGCACUCUCGGGUUCAGGCUCACUUUGACGACCACGAGUUCUCCGCUCACAUCCUGACGGACGAGGCUGAGUACAACAUUGAGCCUCUCUGGAGGUUCACGCCGUCGCCCCCUGAUGGUCGCCUGCUGAUCUACCGCUCUGAGGACAUCAGGAACCUGAGCCGGCUGCAGCAGCCUUCAGUCUGCGGAUACGUGACCUCCGACCCCCGACACCUGCUGCCUGACGGCGUGAGGCCGGCCAUGACAGAGAACCAGGAGGAGGAAGCGGGGCGGGCGCGGCGGCAGGUGUUGGACCACAGGAGGAACACCUGUCCUCUGCUGCUGGUGGCCGACCAUCGCUUCUUCAAACACAUGGGCCGCGAAGAGGAGAGCACCACGCUCAACUACCUGAUCGAACUGAUUGAUCGUGUGGACGACAUCUACAGAAACACGUCAUGGGACGAUGAGUUCACAGGUUACGGCGUUCAGAUCCAACAGAUCAUCAUAAAGAAGACCCCGACCCUCGUGGCUCCGGGGAAAACUCACUUCAACAUGAGAGGAAGUCCGGUGGGGGGGCGCAACGUGUGGGACGUCAAGAAGCUCCUAGAGCAGUUCAGUGUGGACAUCGCAGAGAAAGCCUCCAACGUCUGCUGUCACCUCUUCACCUACCAGGACUUUGAUGAGGGAACUCUGGGUCUGGCCUACGUGGCUCCGUCCAAACCUGACAUCCCCGGAGGACUCUGCUCCAAAGUCUGCCCCUCGUCUCCCAACGAGCAGCGAGCGAUCUACCUGAACACGGGCCUGACCAGCACCAAGAACUACGGGAAGACCAUCCUCACUAAGGAAGCAGACUUGGUAACGACCCACGAGCUCGGCCAUAACUUUGGAGCGGAGCACGACCCGGACAACAUCCCGUCCUGCGCCCCCCGCGAGGACCAGGGGGGGAAGUAUGUCAUGUACCCCAUCGCCGUGAGCGGGGAUCACGCCAACAACAAGAUGUUCUCUGACUGCAGCAGGCGCUCCAUCGUGAAGCGCCUGAGGGCCAAAGCUCCGUCCUGCUUCAGGCUGAGGAACAUCAACGUCUGCGGGAACUCCCGGGUGGAGCAGGGAGAGGAGUGCGACCCCGGGCUGCUGCACAUCCACUUGGACCACUGCUGCACCGCCGAGUGCAAACUGACACCUGGAGCCCAGUGCAGUGACAGGAACUCUGCCUGCUGUAACAACUGGUUCGAGGCCAGGGGGGAAGUCUGCCAGGAGCCCAUCGACGCCACCUGCAAAGGACAUUCAUACUGCACAGGUCAGCUCAGGGUCAAAGGUCAGCUUAGGGUCAAAGAAACCAACUCCUCCUGCAGAGUUUGCUGCCGCAGCAGAGCCGGGGUCUGCGCUCCCUACCAGGACGCCGCCGGCAGCUUCCUGUUCCUGCGGAAAGGCAAACCGUGCACCGUGGGCUUCUGCGACGGAGCGGGGAAGUGCAUGAAGCAGGUGCAGGACGUGGUGGAGCGUCUCUGGGACUUCAUCGAUAAGCUGGACAUCAACACGCUGGGGAAGUUCCUGGCAGAUAACAUCGUGGGCUCCGUGGUGGCGUUCUCUCUGCUGCUCUGGGCUCCAUUCAGCGUCCUGGUUCACUGCAUGGACAAGAAGCUGGACAAACAAUACGAACAGACAACCAAGUCCCUGUUCUUCCCUAGUAAUGCCGAGCUGCUGAGCAGCCUGGAGUCUGCGUCCGUCCGGAUCUUCAAACCCCCGUCCGGCAGCUCCUCCGCUGGGCUGCGCUUCCAGGCAUCCGGCCCCCAGCAAGCUAGCACCCCCCCCGCCCAGGACCCCCCCCCUCAGGACGGCCCCCGCAUGGCCACCAUCGAGGAGGACUCAAACCUCGACUCGCAGCCGUUUGGGAGGCCGGGGGGUGGGCAGCGCUCCUACGAGGAUCUGACGAGGAACAACGCGACGUUCAAACUGAAGAGACAGAACCAGAUCCACAGCAAGGAGACGCAGUGCUGAGGGGACGCACCUGACAGCCCUGAACGCAGACACACACACACACCUGAAUGCACCUGACAGCCCUGAACGCAGACACACACACACACACACCUGAAUGCACCUGACAGCCCUGAACACACACAACUGAAUGCACCUGACAGCCCUGAUCACACACACACUUGAACACCUCUGGACAUCUUGACACACAUCUUGGAUACCCACCUGAACACACCUGCUUGUUCAAAUCUGCAAACACCUGUCGGCACACACUGAACCAGAUGGACUCCUGCAUGCUCCUGGAGACCUCCGGACUCACCCGGACUCACCUGUCAGGCUGGACCUCCUCAGACACCAACAUGUGGAACCUGCUGCUUCUGGACUUCACAUUAACGUGUUUUUAUGUCAGAUGUUUGACGGACUUUCAAACCAAAGAAAAAUCUGUUUUCAAUUCCAUCUGAACUUUAUGAUGGAAAACAAGAGGAACCUUUAGACGUAGAAAUAUUUGUAUUUUCUGAAUCGAUUCUUCAAAGAACAAGAUCCCUUCGGGUAAGCAGAGGUCAGUCCUGGGGAGGGACUUGGAGUAGAACCGCUGCUCCUUGGCGUUUAGAGGAGAAGCUGAGGGGGUUCGGGCACCUGGGAGGAGACGGAGGGGCAGACCCAGGAGCAGGUGGAGGGACUAUAUUUCCACGCUGGCCUGGGAGCAGUUACCUUUAAAAAGUAAUCUGAUUACUCCUUCAAUAACUUAGUUACUUUACUGAUGACUUUAUUUUAAAAGUAACUAAGUUAGAUUACAAGUUACUUUAUUAGUUACGUUCAGCAGCUGCCGACAACAGCCCCCCAGCUUCAACAUCAGAAUGAGUCCAUCAUCAACUCCCCCCCCCCCACUGGUUUUGCACCAGUUUUGGUUGUUUGGGUGGUGGGGGGCCUCCUGCUUUAGUGGCAGUGCUCUGCUUUCGCUCCACCUGGGGGGUCCUGCUCUGUAGUCUGACGGUGCCGUGCUGCGACUCCAAAUGCUCCUUCAGAUUUGACGUAGUGUUUGAAGCUAGACAGCACUUUGUCUCCAGCACAGAGAGAGCCUAGCCUAAUACUGCCAUCUGUAGCUGACUCAGACUCAAAGGAGGGACUGUGUCUCCAGCUACAACAGCGCCUCUCUCCCCCCUCCACUGUUUGUGUCUCUGCGUCGAAUUACACGCGAGUUGUCCUCGUGCUGAAAACGUGACUUAAUUGUUGCAUAGACGUCCCUCCCCGAGACGCAGGAAGAAAGCAAACAUAGAUCUGUACUGAUCUAUAUAUAGAUCAUCUAUAGUCAUUUAAAGGAAUAAAAAACAUUGUCUGUUUUCUCCAGAAUAAAUAUAACUGUUGGUCGUUUGAAGAAAUAGUCGGAAAUUGUAAAAAGUCCAAAUUUGGAAAAUAAAUCUGAAGUUUAAAAAGGAAAGCAAACAGAAAGAAAAUGGGAGACAAAAAGUCACAAUGUUUAAAAGUCGACAUUUAAAAAGAUAUUUGAAAAAUAAUCAGAAAGUUUUAAAAGUAGAAAUUCUCUGAAUUCUAAAAGGCAUCCUGGGAUCUUUGAAAGGCGCCUCUAAAUAAAGUGUGUCACGGUUAGAUCGCCUGAA